AUGGGUCUGCUGACCAUCAUCCGCAAGACCAAGCUGCGGUCACACGAGUUCCGCUUCCUCUUCCUCGGACUCGACAACGCUGGAAAGACGACCAUCCUCAAGAAGCUACAAAAUCAACCUCAGUCCGAGAUCGAAGCCAUCUCACCGACGCUCGGCUUUGCAAUCCAGACAUUUCAGUAUCAAGGAUAUCACCUCAACGUUUGGGAUAUCGGAGGGCAAAAGAGCCUUCGGCCUUAUUGGAAGAACUAUUUUGAAAAGACAGAUGCCAUCAUCUGGGUCGUCGAUUCAUCCGACACUGCCAGGCUGUCCGACUGCAAGGAGGAGCUCGAAAAGCUGCUCCAGGAGGAGCGUCUGCAUGGCGCUACCAUCCUAAUCUUUGCCAACAAGCAGGAUCUGCCAGGUGCACUAUCGGCAGAGCAGAUCAAGAACCACCUCGAGCUCGACAGGGUCUCGACGCACAGUUGGCGCAUCCAACCGUGCAGUGCUUACACCGGGGCCAACCUCGUAGACGGCCUCGAAUGGACAGUCAAGGAUGUCGCGAAUCGCAUCUACUAUCACGGCGACGCAAAAUCCACCUUGUCAUCGUCGAUGGCCUCUGUUGCCGAUCAGGCAGUAUAUUGA